UUUCUGUAUGUUUUCCCCUGAUGAAUGCCGAAAGGCGUACCAGGGUAGAAGAAAGAGGAGUUUGUUUUUUAGUCGGUAGGCCGGCUCUCCUUCAGAGGCCGAAUCCGACACGACCCGACCAACAGGCCAUCAGGUCGGGUGUCUUGCAGAAGAUCCACAAAUGCAAAAUACGUUGUCCGUACAAUCUUCUUCAAUGAGAUCACGCAGGAUUCUACCGUACCGUAUAGUCUGCUUAGUGUGCUUG